UUCAUUGAUUUUUACACUUUUGUUGUUUAUACAUUUAAUUCUCUUGUACAAUUGCGACAUUUGUAAUUUGCCAUUUAAAAGCGCAUUCUGUUCCCCAUGUGGAUGAAGCGAUCUGCAGUCCUGGCUCCAGUCCAGGAGCUCACAACACAGCGCAACUUUCUGCGCGAGAAUCGGUUGCUGGUGCGUCAGUCGCCCACGUUGACAAUGCGACGAGUGGAACGGGAACGAGAGCGGGAACGCGAACGCGAACGGGAACGGAUAUCUCCUAGCUAUGAGCUGCCCACAACCGCAUCCAUGGGACGUCGGGCCAUCACGCCGCCUUUGAUCGAGACACAGCGACGUCUCAUCGAGGGGGGACGUAUUGGGCGAGCCUAUUAUGCAGAAGCUCGUAGAAGCUCGGAGAAGCAAAUCCAAACGGAGGACAUCAGCGAUGAGCAGUUCCUCAAUGCGGCGCUGCUCAAGUGCACGGAGCAGGGACAUGGACAUGGUCAGAGACAGGGGCAGGCUCAAUUGCUGCGCGGCUGCAGCGAAGGCGAUGAGCCGAUGAUAACGACCAAUCUGGGCAGCGGCGGCUACGAUGAUACCGGUGGCCUACGACGCACUGCAUCCAAUUUUGAACUGGGCAGAAUGGCCGCAAAGCGCAGCAGCUACCACACGGUGCUCGGCGCUGUACCGGCCACUCUGCCCCGUAGAUUGGAUGAGGCUAAACCGUGUGCAGAGUCCCAGCAACUGGAACUGGAGCCCGAGCAGGAACAGCCCACAAAGGUGGACGAGGAUAGUUUAUCGGUUAGUUCAGUCAACUCAGCGUCCCAUGUGGUGCAGCUGUCCAUACCAGACAUCACUGAUGUGGAACAGAAUCCUCAACUGGAUCAAUCGCUGAGUGCCCGCACCAAUGUCUCCGCCUGCUCUAAGACAUCCAAGCGAGGCGACAAGACGCCACUUUCAGAUGCAAUAAGAACACAAAAAUCAGACGAGGAACGGGAAAGGCAGCGAGAAAGGGAACGUGAACGGGAACGGAAACGUGACAAGGGCCAGGACCAAGUGCUAUUAACGGAGGCACAACGUGUGGCAUUGCUUCAAGCUGCACAGGCUCGUUAUCAAGAUCUCAUCUGGCAGUACAAUCGAUUGCCCAUCUCCAUGGGAACGUUGCGUGUGCGCAAUCUGAAAAUCGAAUUGGAACAGGAACUGGAUCGGAUCGAUAGCGAUUUAAGCAUGCUAACCAUGCCACAGGUAUACAUUAAGCGUGAUCAAUUGCAGCAAAUCUCAAGUAUAUCGUGUUAGUUCUGAAUAAUAGUGGUAUUACCUCAUCCAGUUAAUUGUUGAUAUAGUAAAUCGAAUUGCAACUCGAGUAUAUCAUUUUAA